AUCUUAACAAUUCUCAAGCCUCUCGCCUCCUCGUUGUCUUUCUUUAUCUCACCUUAUCUCCUCUCCGAGCUUGCUCCCCUGGUGGUCUUUGAAAUAAAACAGCCCAAUGGUCUCCUCCAUCUUUCUCCUCCGGCCGCCGCCAGCGGAUCUCCCGGCGCUUCCCAAGCUCGCCGCCUCAAGAAGCCAUGGCUUGCUCUCGAGAAGGAGCGUCCUCCCCGUCCGCAUCUCUCUCUUCCCGGAACCCAGAGGGCCGCCAUUGGUCGGGAGCGAGAAGAGGAGGCAACUCGCCUUCGCCUGCUUCUAUAACGCGAAGGAUAAGUUGGAACCCACUUCUCGCGAAAAGGCCUUGAAAGUUGAGUGGCCCAUCCUCCAGCGAUGGGAUGUGCCUUGGGGUUGGCAAACUGCUACACUCACUAUGAUUGCAUGUGGAGUAAGCUUUGUUCUGACAGGAUUGGUGGAGGCAUCAGUUUUGCCAUAUCUUGGUUUUCAGGGUGGAGAAGUAAGUUUAGAGGAGAAAGCAGAAAUACUGUUUGCUGGUCAAUUUGCAGUGACAGCAGUUGUACUAGGAGUCAUCUAUGGCAUCACCAACUCCUUUCGACCACUUCCAGAUGAUAUUUUUUGCUAUGAUUGGAAGGAUCCAUUCAGUCUGCAAAAUGGUUGGCUUCUGUGGGCAGGAAUUGGUCUUGUGGGUGCAUUAAUUGCUAUUGCAUUAGCAGGAGUUGCGUUGACCACAUUUAGUGGUGAAAAUCCACAACGAGAGACUGAUGCCCUAAUUCGUCUGUUGCCGUUGAUUGGUUCUUCAAGUAUCAGCACUGCCUGCCUAGUGGGUGUUACAGGUGUUUUGGCCCCAAUUCUUGAGGAGACUGUGUUUCGGGGAUUUCUGAUGGUCUCCUUAACUAAGUGGGUUCCAACACCAGUUUCUGUGCUUAUCAGUGCUGCGGUGUUUGCUAUUGCUCAUCUCACCCCUGGAGAAUUUCCGCAGCUGUUUCUGCUAGGUGCUGCUUUAGGAUUUUCGUAUGCUCAAACUCGUAAUCUCCUCACGCCCAUCACCAUACACUCUAUUUGGAACUCAGGGGUGAUUUUAUUGCUCACAUUUCUUCAGCUCCAAGGAUAUGAUAUAAGAGAGCUACUGCAGGCAUCUUAAAAAGAGGUCUCUCAACCUCGACUUAGGUCAUGGAACUUUGGCUUCCAUCAGGUGCCUUUCCAUGUUUUCGGUGCUGCACUCGAGAAAACAAGACAAGCAAAGGAAAAGAAGCGAUGCGAUGACAUCAAGAUGUGUACAUUGCCCACUCCCUGAAAUUUCCAACUGCUGAAAUAUGACAUCUGGAUUCUGGCCAAGUUCCAGAUUAUUUUCAUGCUUGUAAUUUGAAGUGUAUAGACAUGAGAAAGAAAUAUAUACAGUCUAAACUUGAGUUCGUAAUUUCU